UUAGUGUUAGUUAGAUCAUGGGGGUGGGUUGCUUUGGAACACUUUGUGUCAGUGAGCUGUCAAAUAAUAGAAAAAAAUUUGAUUCUUGCGGAAUUUUACUUGGCGUGAAAGUGUCAAUGUCAGCGUAAUAAUUAUUAUAUUUAUGAUGGCGUUCCUGGAGUGGAGACGUUUCAAUUUCUUUGAUUUGAAAAAGGAAGUGGACAGUGGAAAGAUUUCUGAAGCUCUUGGGGAGGCUCAAGUCACAGCAGCAACCAGCGGAAAUGGAGACCUUGUCUUUGGUGAUAACAUAGGUAACGUGCAUUUGGUGAAUAGAAAAUAUGUGAUCACAACAUUUCGUGCCUAUGAAAUAACGUUGACCUUAGCCCAACAAGUACAACAUUCCACCUUCUUGUUCACAAUUGGCGAAGAUGAGCCUGGUUGUAAUCCGACAAUAAAAGUUUGGAAUCUAUCCAAGCUGGACAAACAUGGUAAUCCGACUUGUGUUAGAAUCAGCAGAGCCAUUCCCGGGUACCGUGCAGUUCCAGCUAGUGCAUUAUGUGUUCAUAGCGGGCUCACUCUGAUGGCUGUUGGUUUCGGGGAUGGAUCCAUUAUGCUCUACAGAGGUGACCUGACACGGGAAAGGAAAAAUAAAAUACGAAUACUGAAGGAUAGUAAUACACCCGUAACUGGUCUUGCUAUACGAUCGACAGGCAAGCAAACCCAUAUGUUUGUUGCAACAACAACUAGUGUAUUUCUCUACAAUAUCACUGUCAAGGAUAAAGAGUAUAAAACUAGUUUGGAUAAUAUGGGAUGCUCAAGAAAGUGCAGCGUUUUGGCUGACUCAUCCCAAGGCAGUCACUUCAUGAUUGGGCGCAAUGAUGCUGUGUACUGUUACACACCUGAUGGAAGAGGUCCAUGUUAUGCGGUGGAUGGACAAAAAAUCAUGCUAGAAUGGUUUCGAAGUUAUCUAGUGAUAAUAGCCAAGGAGGCUGCCAAUGUUCCCAGAACCACAACUAUUUCUGCAAAACCUAAUACUAUAGAACCUAUACCUCCAGGUGCAGAUAAGCACACAAUCACGGUUCUUGAUAUUCAGAACAAGGUUAUUGUAUUUUCCGCACCAAUGUUGUCAGUUCAAGCUGUCUUAUCAGAGUGGGGUGGCUUCUUCAUUUUGAGCGGUAAUAGUAAGCUGUAUCACUUAGAUGAAAAGGAUUUGCAAUCAAAGCUGGCAUUAUUAUUCAAAAAAAAUCUUUAUGAUGUUUCAAUAAGAAUAGCAAAAAGUCAACAAUAUGAUGCGGAGGGACUUGUAGAUAUAUUCCGCCAGUAUGGAGAUCAUUUGUAUUCGAAAGGUGAUCAUAAUGGGGCCAUAGAGCAAUAUAUAAAAACAAUUGGAAAGCUUGAACCAUCUUAUGUGAUUCGAAAAUUCUUGGAUUCGCAACACAUUGAUAAUUUAACGACAUAUCUUCAAGCACUGCAUAAACAAGGUCAAGCUACUGGAGACCACACUACUUUAUUGUUAAACUGUUACACAAAAUUGAACCAUACUGACAAAUUAAAAGAAUUUAUCAUGACGAAGGACCGCGAAGUAGAUUUCGAUGUCGAAAUAGCCAUAAAAGUUUGUCGCCAGGCAUCAUCGGAAGAUGCGUUACUCUUGGCUACAAAACAUGGCAAACACGAAUGGUAUUUGCGAAUUCAAAUAGAAGAUAAAGCUGAGUAUAAAGGGGCUUUGGAAUACAUUGCAACUUUAGAUUUCGAAGAGGCCGAGUCAAAUAUGAAAAAAUACGGAAAUGUAUUAAUUGAAAAUGUACCAAAUGAGGCGACCCAAUUUUUAAAAAGAUUGUGUACUAAUUAUAGACCUGCAAAUAAACCUCUCGUCGACCAGGCCGUGUUGGAUGGAUCUGCUGAACAGAGUAUCGAAAAAGCUAAUCCCGAAGAAUUCAUACAUUUGUUUCUUGGCAACUCUGAACGUCUGGUUGAAUUUUUAGAGCAUCUAGUAAAAUGUGAAAGCAAAUGGAGUACGUUAGUGUAUAAUACCUUAGUAGAACAUUAUCUGCACGUGUGGUCAGCCUUAGGUAGUGAGGUAGCAAAACUCCAGUAUGAACAAAAAGUUGUCAGAUUGUUGCAAAGUUCGGAAGCCAGUUAUGAUAAAGAUCAAAUAUUAAUACUAUGCCAACAGCACAACUUUCGACGAGGUAUACUCUUUCUGUAUGAAGAAAGAAAAUUGUACCAAGAGAUUCUGCAGUAUCACUUACGCGAAGGAGAUAAUGAACAAAUUUUGGCAACCUGUAAACGGUUUGGCCAUCAGGAUCCUAAUUUGUGGGUUCACGCAUUGUGGAGUGUAGCGCGGAACAAAACUGCAUCAUCGAAGCUUCUAGCUGACAUUCUCACAUAUAUCGCAAAAGAGAAACUUUUGUCACCAUUGAUGGUGGUGGAUGCGUUAUCAACAUCAAUGUCCUGUACACUGGGUGAUGUACGAAGUUACUUGAAUAAUGUGCUGCGCACUGAAAAUGAACAGACACAGGCUGACACAGACCUAACGAAAAAAUAUCAAGCAGAUACACAGAAAUUAAGAGAACAAAUAGAAUCUAUAAAAAAUAGCACAAUCAUUUUUCAAGGAUCCCGCUGCAGUGCGUGUCAUGACCAGCUAGAACUUCCUUCAGUUCACUUUAUGUGUCAACAUUCUUACCACCAACACUGCUUUCAAAGCUUUUCUGAAAACGAAAAUGAAUGUCCAGCUUGCCUUCCGAACAAUAAGAAGUUAUUAGAUAUCAUCAAAGCACAAGAACAAUCAAGAGACCUUCAUGAAACAUUUCAUAGUCUAUUGGAUCGAGCCGAAGAUCCAUUUUCCCUUGUUGCUGAUUAUUUUGGUCGGGGUGUGUUUAAAAAAUUAACAGUCAUCACUGACGCUGAUAAACCGCAGGCAUCGCCAUCAUCAAAGCUUCAGGAACCAAAGCCUAAGUUUCAGGAGCCUAAACCAAACUAUUAUGCAUAUGGAGCAGGAGCUGAAGCAAAGCUCAGACUGGGAGAAGGAAAAAACACAAAUCUUGUUACGUCAGAACUAAGAUAUGCCGGGAGUGAUACAUCAUCAAACACUGUGAUACCAAUACCUGAAGGAAGAUUAAGAGUUCUUGCUAAACCUGAUAUUUACUCGUCAUCUUUUGAUGCAAGUUUAUCAAGACCAACUAGUGGAACGUCAACGCCUCGAUCUUCCCGUAAAGGUUCACCGAUCCCAAUUAGAGAAGCGCGCAUUUUAAAUAUACCAUCCCCCAAAAUGUCACCAGCUCAAAAAACCUUUAUUCCACCGAAAACGCCCAUUGUACCAUCAAAUCCUUUUACAGGAGAUGGUUAUGACGAAUCUAAAAAUCCUUUCGCUGAAGAUAAAGUAGAAGAUGAUGCUUUUCAAGAUGAUGAUGAUUAUGAUAAAAAUCUCAAUCCAUUUGCAAGCUAGAAACUAAUUUUCGAUGAUCCACACAAUAAUUUCAGUUUGAUAGCGAUAGGGUAUGUCUGUAAUUUUUUUCAAUAUCGCGAGUCUUGAACGUCUCGUUUAUAGCCAGUGGUCAUUGAUGUUAGGAAGCUAGUCCAACGUUCAGAGAUUUAUGUAUAAUUACUAACUAUGCUAUGUUAGAGCGUUGUUACAACGUUAUUGCAUAACAUUACAGGAUACUUUAAAAACUGUAAUUUGUACCAAACCUUUUCGUUUUUUAUUGUAUAUUAUCAUACCAGAAGAAUCAGCAUAAUGAUCUAAAUACCAUCAUACCAAGGGUUGAAGGCUAUUUUAAUUCUAAUCAUACUGUUGAACAGGAUUUCUCAAUUAAUACUUUGAAGGAAACAUCCAGUUCUGGUGUUUUUAAUCGUGAUUAUAUUGUUCUGAAGAAAAUAUAGUAAGACGUACACAAGGAUAGUAAUAUUAAUACGCUUUCAUACAAGGUUAUACAAAUUAUUUAAAAAAAUCUUUAUAUUCAAUCAGAUAUUGUAUAUACCGAUUAAAAGAGAGAAAUCAGCAUUUGAAGUGUAUGCUUCGUCAUCCUACCCUAACAGUAAUAGCAAUAUC